UUACAAAGUUAUUAUCACGAAUCCCAAGGCACGGAUCUGUAAAAACUGUUUUUGCGUAAUACAUACCCUCUGUUUUAAAAUGCGAAAUGCAGUCAUUGACCAGAAGCCAGAAUGCUGAUAAAACAGUCAAGUUUAAUUGAUUCGCCAUGAGAUACCGCGUAACAGCUAAGUCAGUUGGACUUGUUCUUGGAACGCAAGGAUGAAAGGUUUUUCUAUAAUUUUAUCAACAUUUAACAUUGCGUUUGCUUCUUUUGAAAUUCAAAAGUGGACUUACAUUUACGAAGUCCCAUCGCAACAAUGGAAGAUUUCCGACUACAGUAAAGAUACAUUUUGGUGCGCUUUUGAGCUGCUACAUUCGCAUCUGGUCAAAACAAGACUUGGCAAAGACAGUAAUAUUUGUGAAAAAGAAACAAGCGAUAUUUUCUUGCCGGAAUAUUACUACUUUGUGAAGGUUGUCCGCUUUACAGAGGAACAAACACAGGAUGGCAGAAGAGAAAAAGUACAGCAUUAUCUGCCACAAAAAGCGAUGGUAGGGGAUAGAUUUCACUUCGUGAUUCAGAAGUAUGCAGAAAACAGAUUUUCAAUUACAUUCAAAUCGAUUGAAGAUGUUAAAAUGCUCAGCGUCACGGACACAUCGACCGCAUUCAAACUGGGUGAUAGUCUUGAAAAUGACUCCUGGGUAGAAGUCGAAUCACAAAUUUAUCCAUUCACAAACCUGAGGGAAUACGACAUUGGAUUUGAAGUGUUUGCUGAUUACUGGCAGAUCUAUAUCGACGGUGACGCCUUCAUAACAUUUGACCAUGUUAAGCCUUAUUCAGAUGUGGAAAAGAUUCAAGUUUUAACUUAUUCAAAUAUAACUUACAAAAACAAGGUAGACGUAUACGCUCCAUGAAACAAAUUGCAGAGAAGAAUAUAACUGUGUGACAGACACUCAUUAAGACAAAAACUUUGAGAUAAGUUGUCAUGAAAAUGAGCAAAGCAACACCAUAUGGCAAAUAACUUAAGCCUGAAGGCAAUUUUCGCUUUACCUGUAUAGUAUAUGUCACCAUCUAAAUGACAAAAAUGCUAUUUGGACAUUAAAAUGUUUAAUUUUCAGCUGCAUGAGUAAAGUUUUACUUAGGUUUUCUGUAAUUAUAACUACUUGAAUAAUUGGUUUAGCUAGAUUAAGUUCAUGUUUCAUUUUUGUUUGUUUUAAAACGUACAUUGAAACCAUUAUUUUUAUAGAUCCGUAUAUGGAAUCUGUCACGGUACGUUGAUUUGGGUAAUACUAUUCUGUACUGGUAAGAUACUGACUAUGGCAGGUUCAAGGGCAUGUCUUUUUCGAUAGCUUCGACCAGCGAAGAAUUUAUUUUCAAUUUCGGAAAAAAAAGAAAGAAAAAAUGGUAUGAAUGUAUGCGAUCGGCAAAGUGGCAGAGUUAUUUCAUGUUUCUGGGGCAUUAAUUAUCGUGAUCAAAAACGUACACGUAAACCGGUUAAUAGGCCCAUGCUCGACCAGAAUAUUGAUAUAUUUUCGGCACAAGAUGUUCACUUUGACUUUCCUGAUUUUGGCGGAACUUUCAAUUCAUUAUAUAUGAUCAGAUUACUAUAAUAGAGUCCUCAGGAUUGUCAUGCUUCUGCAAUUAUAUUCAUUAAAAGAUAUUUACAACAUUUUGUUAGAAAAUUCAAUAAUUAAUAAGAAAAGUUUGUAAAUAUAAUUUUGUAUGUCUAUAAACUCCUUCGUUGUUGUGUUUAUUAUUUAUGUAAUACUAAUAUUGAUCAUUUUGCUGAAGCUAGCCGUCUGAAAUAAUCAGUAUAGCGUCGCUUAUUAUUUUUGUAGUUCAUUAAAGUGAGUGUUUACGGCAUAAAGAAGAAGGUAUUACUUUUAACGAUCAAAGUAAAAAAAUAAAACAAAUGAAACAUUUCGACAAUGAUAAAGAGAUUUAAGACACUUACAUGCAUUAAACAUGGUCAACUUAUUUAAUUAGAAUAUAAAUCAAACAUAAAGAGUAUACAUCGUUUAGGUUAUUUACCAUUUUUAGUGUAGAACUUUCCAAUAAAA